AUGGGCACAUUGGAGGUAGAAAUUGCUCAGCAAAAGGCACUAUUGAGAGGCUGCAAGCUGCCCGACAUGAUGCGGUGGUACAACGUUGAAGUUCUUGCGACGCAGUGCCAAGCUCAUGAGAAGGAGUUGAUCUUGUUACGUGACCGAAUAGAAGAGCUGCAAGCAGCCAAUGAGACGUUGCAGAAUGACGAGCGCGAGGCCCGUUUUAGAGCUGCUGAGUACGAACAGGGAUACAUGGAUUUAGUUACGGAGAUCGAGAAAAUAAAGAUUUCAAAUGAGGUGGAGAAGGCCGCGUUGAUGGCGAAAAGCGAGGAGCAUGCGAGCUCGAUUGACAGCCAGAAACUCUACGACCUGGAGGCUCGAUUGACCACGUCGGAAGCAGAUAAAAUUGUUGCGCAACAAGACGCUGAGAGACUGCAACGUGACCUGGACGCGCUCGAAGACGUCCUACACCAGUUCCAGGUGGCGAGCAAGGCUCAGAAAGAGCGUGUUGAAGUGGAACUUGAGCAGGCGAAGAAAGAGUUGCAGACACGACAGCCUCUUCCGGAGCCUACGGAAGGAGAGGUGAAUGAUUUGAAGCGAGUGAUGGAGAAAUUGACCAAGAAAACACACGAGUGUGAACAGCAUCGAGAGGCGCUCGAAAGCACUGCGACCCAAUAUAAUUCGGAGCGCGACGUACUUAAUAAAAGGCUUGCUGCGCAAUUGGUGGUGGCAUACGUGGACAGCAAUAAGAAGGGUGAAGUACUUCAACUCAUGGCGCGAAUGAUGAGCUUUACGGAGGAGCAAAAGCGGCGAGUUGGUUUGGGUUAUCCAAUUGAAGGUAAUGGUGGUGGGGGACUCUUCUCGUCUAUUAUCGGACUUGUAGCUCCUGGUGAGGGAGGAAGCGCUCCCGUCGACCCGUCAGCGAUUGAAGGCAAGAGUUUUGCAGAUAUGUGGUCCGAGUUCUUACUCGAUGAAGCUUCCAAAGGGAAGUAAAGUGAAAUCAACAAAGAAUCAACUGCAUAUAUGAAAAGUGCCCAACAACCGACUGAAUAAGAGACCU